GCCCCCUUGGUACCGACAGAGACAAAUCAUUCAGACCCAUACUCCAUUCAGAAGGUGGCGGUAAUGCACCAAACGUUGUUUGCCAACCGCCAUAAAACUAGAAGAAGAAUCUUGCUGCCUGUGCAGUUAUGGGAGGUAGCAGCAACAUUUUCACCGACGGAGGCAAUUUUCAGUCUUUGAGCUGUCUGCUACAAAUAUCUGAACACUGUAAAGUGUAGUUUUGCAAACAGUUCCCUUUAACUUGUGGCCUUGAGGUCCUCCAUCAUGGGUGCUGAACAAAGUGGUGAUUCAGAGCAUAAGCACUCCGACUGUGGUACGUCAGAUCAUGUAGAGGAAACAAAUAUGGAAUCACUCAAUCAUGUGGAAAAGAUUAUGGAAUCACAAAUCUAAAGUCGUGGUGGCCUCUCCUGCAAAACAAAGAGCCAAAAUGGAUGACAUUGUAGUAGUUGCCCAAGGAACACAAACAUUACGCAAUAUUCACAAUGAUCCGGAUGUUAUCAAGCUCCAAGAAAUCCCAACUUUCCAGCCACUUCUGAAAGCUCUAUUUUCAGGUGUUUUGAGUGGCCAAACCUCUCCCAGUAGUGUCUGUUUAGAGAAACUGGACACUGUAAAUGUGCUGCAGCUUUGUCUUCGCUACCAGGACCACCUCCAUCAGUGUGCUGAAGCUGUGGCAUUUGACCAGAAUGCCCUUGUUAAAAGAAUCAAAGAGAUGGAUCUCUCUGUAGAGGCCUUAUUUAGCAUCAUGCAGGACCGGCAGAAGCGCUAUGCGAAGUACGCAGAACAAAUCCAGAAGGUAAAUGAAAUGUCCAUGAUUCUCCGGCGCAUCCAGAUGGGCAUUGAUCAGACUGUACCUUUGAUGGAGCGUCUCAACAAUUUACUCCCUGAGAGUGAACAACUUGAGCCUUUCAGCAUGAAGUAAGACAGUGGGACCAAGUAGCAACACUCCUGAUGUUGUGAUGCCUCGACCUUGGAUGGAGCAAAUUUAAAGUCCCUUGCUCAUUGACACGCUUCAGACAAAUCUUGGAAGCAAACAGAAUUACACCACUGAACUGGUGAAAUGUAUUUUUUUUUUUUUUUUUAAGUAUAUUUUUUUGCAUCGAACCCAGGUCGCCGGCGUACGGUGCAGGUGCCCCAGCCAGCCGCACCACGGCUGGGGCCAAUGAAAUGUAGUUUUAAAAGGCCUAAAAGCUUUACAGCUAUUUCCUGUGAAGAGGUUGACUGAGGAGAAUGCCUAAUGUUGUUAAUAGAAUAAUAAGAUUUGUAUAUUUGUUUUGAUCUAAUAUCAAUACUGUGCUAUAAAGUUAUCACUCAGUAAUGUC